UUGACGGUCAAGAUUUGGUUCAAAUGGUUUCUUCAGUUCGGAGUUCAUCCUUUCAACCAGUAGAUAUCAGGAUGUCUAAAGCCGUCGAGGAUGACAAGAUGGGGAUUGAGCUUCCAGUGGACAGUACAGACUCUGAGAGGAACAGUCCAGAGGCCAGCGAUCAGACCCAGCCAAUGAAAACAAGUCCUUUCUGCCUGUCACCCGCACCCAGCAACACAAAGGUUAAAGCCGAGGAGGCCGCUGAGAUGACCAGUGUUCACGCUCCUCCAGCUCAGCCGGCUCUGCCACACACACAGCUCAUGCUAGCCGGCAGUCAGCUCGCAGGGCUGGCCGCUCUCCUCCCUGCACAGCAGCAGCUGUUGUUGCAGCAGGCUCAAGCGCAGCUGUUGGCCGCAGCCGUGCAGCAGUCGAACGCUGCGCAUGCCGCCCACGCAGCUGCAGCGGCCAAUCAGCAGCAGCAGACGCAACAGCAGCAGGCCAAUCAGGCAGCAGCACAAGCCCGGUCUCAAGCCAAACCUGAGCAAGCUCCGCCUCCACUUCUGUCUCAGCCUAUCCAGCUCACUGCCCAGGACAUUCAGCAGUUGCUGCAGUUACAGCAGCUGGUCCUGAUGCCAGGUCAUCCUCUUCAGUCUCCUGCUCAGUUCCUGCUUCCUCAAGCCCAGGCUCAGCAGGGUCAGCAAGGUUUGCUUUCAACACCAAAUUUGAUUCCACUACCUCAGCAAAGCCCAGGGAGUCUCCUGACCUCCCCGUCUAGACUGGGCCUUCAAGCACAGUAUCAUCUUGACGACAGGCUGUGGUCAUUGCAGAGGGAGAAGAGCGUGGAGAGCGCUGUGAGCUCCGCCCCCUCCUCAGUCCCGCCCAUGAGCUCCGUUCCCACGGUGACAGCUCACGGUGAGGAGCCCAGCGAUCUGGAGGAGCUCGAACAAUUCGCGAGAACCUUCAAACAGAGGAGAAUUAAACUGGGCUUCACACAGGGGGAUGUGGGUAUGGCCAUGGGUAAACUGUACGGCAAUGACUUCAGUCAGACCACCAUCUCACGUUUCGAGGCUCUCAACCUCAGCUUCAAGAACAUGUGCAAGCUCAAACCCUUGCUGGAGAAAUGGCUGAACGAUGCAGAAACCAUGGCGAUAGACAACAUGCUGCCGAGCCCCAGUUCGCUGUCCUCACCUCUGCUGGGCUUUGAAGGCUUGCCUGGGCGACGCCGAAAGAAACGCACCAGCAUCGAGACCAACGUCCGCAUAGCCCUGGAGCGCAACUUCAUCUCGAACCAGAAGCCUACCUCUGAAGAAAUCCUGCUGAUGGCCGAGCAGCUCAGCAUGGAGAAAGAGGUCAUCCGAGUCUGGUUCUGCAACCGACGGCAGAAAGAGAAGCGUAUACACCCCUCCAGCGCCACCCCUCCUCUGCCCAGCCAGCCUCCAGCUUCCAUGCACAAACUGCCCUGCUACAGCCCGCACAUGAUGUCCAGCCAGGGACUGGCUCAGGCCAUUACCAGUCUCAGCACAACAGCCGUCAGUCCCACACCUUCUGUGGCCUGCCCUCUCAACCCCAGUGGACAUGCAGCAAUGAGCUCCGCCCCUUCCUCUGUGACUCCGCCUCCUCUCAGCACAGUCAGCCCCACUCCGCCCAGUCUCAGCAGCCCUGGUCUGAACACAGGGAACACAAUGAUGGGUGUAAGCACAGGAAUGACCCAGGCCCUCAUCAGCAGCAACCCCCUGGCCACAAUGCAAGCCCUGGCUGCCAGUGGUGGGCAGAUGCCCAUUUCCGCUCUUGAGGGAGGCGGUCAAUUGUUCCUGGGUGGAGCUGGAGGUCCAGGAGCUGGACUUCGUCCAUCCCUCUUCCUAAACCACCCCACUUUACUGCCCCUGGCGAGGAGCGCAGGCAUGGGUCUGGUCGGCACCCCCAGGGCUUCUCCGCUUCCUGGUGCCAGCGGCACAAGCCCAGACUCCUGCUCCGUCUCCCCCUGCUCAAGCCCCGCCUCCUUCUGCUCAUUAGGCGAAGCCUCACCACCCACUCUGGGCGGAGCCAUGGCUGAGUGACGCCCACACCAACCUGCUGCACUUGAGGGGAGUCAGAGGGGCGGAAGAAAGAAGACAGACAAGACUCGCCUUUUCAACCAAAGCCAUCUCUCCCUCCCUCCAUUUCUCUCUUGUGCUCUCUCUCUCUCGUUAUGUCUUUUAAUGCCAAAAAUACAGAGAAAUGAGCAGAAGAGAACAGGGAUAAGGAGAGAACAGGAUAACGGGGGACUGUUUAAACCAAAAAAUUGACCUAUACAGCGUGGAGAGGUGGCUUCAACGGAGCUACUUUGAGAAUGUACAUUUAUUCCUUUCCAAAUGGAAAAAGACAAACCUACACGAACAGAUGAAUUUGAGGGCAGGGUCGAGAGCCAAAAAACUUUGCGAAGAAACAACAACAAAAAAGGAAAACGGGUGGCAGCGAAUGGAACAAAGGAAGGACAUUUGACAAGUGUCACUGGACGGUAGAAAGAGAAACCAAAAAAUAAACACAUGGAGGAAGAAUGGAAAGACUCACAAAGACAAAAAAUGCCAAAACCAAAAUACCAAAAACCAAAACCAAAAAAUCGGAGAGAAAAGCUUUACCUAAGACUUUGAAACCUGACUUGUCCGGGAUCAGAUUAACUCUACACAACACCAAAAAACAUUUUUCCAUGCACCCCUAUAAUUUAAACUUUCUUUUUUUUAACUAUUUGUAAAUGUAUUUCUCAAUCUACCUCUGCUACCAAGGAUUUAGAUUUUCUCAUUCUUUUUCAUUCCAUUUUCACUUUUGAUCCAUAAUAUUUUCAGCAUUUUUUCCUGUCAAACUUACAAUGAAAAACAUGACGGCAAACAAAUUUAGAGGGAUUUUUUCCCACUUUCAACAGUAUAACACACACACAUAUACACUGACACUUAUUGUGACACACAUUCCCGAUUCCCUUUCCAUCACUGAUCAUCUGCUGGAAACGCGUCCAUGCCUCAAACUUUGACUCACUUUUCUUGGAUACCAAAGCGUUUGUCUGGCCUUUUGCGUCAGCUGUAAAGUGCUCAGACGACAAGACCUCAGACAUGUCAAAAAAAAA